CAGGCCCAAUGUAAAGAUGUGGGGGCCAUGGACGGGUUCCUCAGUUCCUUUGAGUGAGCCUGUGAGCUCCACCAGGUCCCCCAGCUCCAGCAGCUCACCCCCUUGCUGCAUCAAGAGUCUCCAGGGUGCUCAACUAGCUGGAGAAUCUGCAGCUGGGGGACUAUGAACAGGCCCUGCUGCACAAGUUCGGGCUGACCCCCGAGACGUACAGGAAGAAGUUCCAGGGGGCGCUGAAGGGGCCAGGGGAGACCUAUGUGGAUCUGGCCUCCCGCCUGGCGCAAUCCUGCCGCAAGUGGGUGUUCGGGGUCGGGGCCUAGACCGCAGAGGACCUGCUUAAGCUGAUUAUGCAGGAAGUGCCUUCCUCUGAAAAGCGGAUUUCGCUGAGUGCAGCGAUGUCAACAUCCAGCCUAGUGAGUUCAUGCGCAAUUAAAGCGGAUCGUCGCUCAGGUCGAGUGCUGUCGGCUGAGUCUAACAUGGUUCUGAUGUUCCAGCAUGCGAGUUUAAGUCCUUUCCCACCUUUUAAGGUGAGUGGGAUGCGCCGUUGAUUCUUUGAUAUAGUUCGACCGCAUAUGGAGUUGCCCGUUGACCGCGGUAAGCCAACUGGGGGAGGAGGAGACGAGCUUUGUUUAGGCCACCUUUUCUAGGCCCCUCUCCGUAUGGAGCAAGCAGUGCUGUCCCUAGAAAAGGCUGCUUGGUCGCUAAGGAUGCUGCCGAGUGAUGAUGUCGUCUCCAGGUCAUCAUCAGACGACCACUAGCGCCUGAGCCGCCUGCAUGCAGGAUUGAGACUGCGGCUGCCAGUGUCAUCUUACACCUGCCGAGUUCGCCCCUUUCCAUCGCUACAGGACUUAGUGAGACCGGAGGGAGUAGACGUGAGUAUUUCCUUCUUGCCUGCGCAAAGGAGUUUUCAAGUGGAGUGCAGUGUGCGCAGAACUGGCUCCACCCUUUAAACCCGGGGUUCAGCUGCCAUGGCCUAGCAAGCUGGGACGGUGACAGCGAGGUCCUCGGGCCGUAGGUUUUACAUCAGAGUUGCCUUCUCCUAGGCAGACGGCCUUCCAGGGCUGAAGAGAUCCACCUUCCCUGCUAUUUCAAACCAUAGCUGGAAGGCCACAGCCGCAAUCCGCAAUAACGAAGUGGCGCACCUUGGUCCCGAACACUUGGCCAUUGGGUCCUAACGAGACCCUUCCGCCCUGGCCGGUGACUCCAUCGUGGGAAUUCAUUCACCCAGUGAUGCAGUGAACACAUCACCCCCUCACGUUGUUUAGUCCGCCAGCUGAAGCGGUUUACCGGGGUGUGGCACUAGGAGCCAGACGUGAGAGAUUUAGGAGAUGGAUGAGGACCAGUGCUUCCGUCCGCUCAAAAAUUGAGUGCAGCUACCAGAAAACAAAGGUGAGCAUGCUGCUGUGGCGGGUGUGUCUGCUGGCCCAGGGCCUCCUGGGGGCCGGCGCCCUCUUCCCUAGUUACCCGCCCUGCGCUAACAGCAAAGACGGCAAGAACGUGGACUGCAGCCUGCGCAGCCUCACCCUGGUGCCAGACAUACGUUCCAGCAGCGUGACCUCCCUGAACCUGGACAGCAACUUCCUAGCCCUGCUGGCCAAUGGCUCCUUCCAGGGCGUCCCUUGCCUGAGGGAUCUCUCGCUCAGCUGGAACUGCAUGCCGGGGCAGCUGCGGAAAGCGCACGCGGUGUGUCAGCUGGUGAUCCAGCCAGGGGCCCUGACCGUGCUGCGCCACCUCACCAACCUGAGCCUGGCAGGAAACAGCCUGAGCGUGCUGCCCCCGCUGCCCUGCACCCUCCGCUUCCUGGACUUGAGUUACAACAACAUCCUCAGGCUGGGCCCUCGGAGCCUGGUGGAGCUCAGCCACGUGAGCGAGCUUCUCCUAGGCAACAACUGCUACUACCGGAACCCGUGCGGCUCCUCCGUCAGCCUCGCACGAGAUGCCUUCCUGCCCCUGACCUCCCUGAGGCGGCUCUCGCUGAAGUUUAACAACAUGACUGCAACUCCCCAGGGGCUCCCGCCCACGCUGCACCAGCUCGACCUCUCGGAGAACAAGAUCGCCCACGUGAGCCACCUGGAGAACCUCACCAGCCUGAGGUCCCUCAACCUGGAGUGGAACUGCCAGCGCUGUGACCAUGCUGCUCAGCCCUGCUUCCCCUGCCCAGGCAACAAGGCCCUGACCUUCGAGCAGGAUGCUUUCCAGAACCUCGCGCAGCUCAGGAGCUUGAACCUGCGAGGCAACUCCCUGCAGGACCUCAACGCCAGCUUCUUCAGCAGCCUCCGCAACUUAGAGACCUUGGAUCUGUCAGACAACUUCCUGACCUGCGCCAUUAGACAUGGCACCUUCUUCUCCGUGCUGAGCUCAGUGCAGACCCUAAACCUGGGCUACAAUUACCAGUCACUGGUGACCUUCGAGAAUCUGACUCUGUCUGACUCCUUCGGCCAAAUGACAUCUCUGAAAAAUCUCAUCAUCAAUGGCUACUUCUUCAGGCACUUGGCUGAGGACGGGAUCAAGCCUCUCUUCAACCUGAGCAACUUGGAGACCCUCCAAUUUCGAACCAACUUCAUCAGGAACGUGAAUCUGUCCCUCUUUUCCAAGUGCAGGACUCUCACGUUCAUCAGUCUGUCCCAGAACAACAUUGUCUUCUCCCCCCCAUGCGAGAGAGGUGGGAAUGGAGCUGGAACGGGACCUCGGGGCCUCUCCCAUGAUGGCACUUUGGUGGGGAAUCCCAGACGCUGGGCGGAACCCAAAGGAAGAGCUGAGGCCAUGGUGAGGGACAGCCAAAGCUCCCAUGCCAACCUCCCGGCAGGCGUUCGCUGCAGCAAGACCCUGGAUUUAUCAUUCAAUAGCAUCCACAGCAUUGAGCCAGCCCAGUUCCAAGGGCUAGAGGCAAUUGACUGCCUCAACCUCAGCUCUAAUUACAUCAGCCAGUCGCUAAAUGGCAGCCAGUUCCUGCCGCUGCGGUCCCUGAAGCUGCUGGAUCUGUCUCACAAUAGGUUCGACCUGUACUAUGACAGCGCCCUGCAAGAGGUCUGCCAGCUGGUCGUGCUGAACCUCAGCAAUAAUCAAUUCCACUUCACAAUCAAAGGCCUGGGGCACAAGUUUGAGUUCUUGAAAAACCUCACCAACUUGAAAUUUCUGAACCUGGACAACAACCAGAUCGGUAUCAGGAUCUCCAAACACCUGGAAAGCGCUGGACAUCAUCUGCCCAGUCUAAGGCUCCUGGACAUUUCGUUUAACAACUUGGACAUCAUGUGGAUGAGCGGGAGGAAUACCUACCUGGAGUUCUUUGUCAAGCUGCCCAGUCUAAGGCUCCUGGACAUUUCGUUUAACAACUUGGACUCCAUUCCAGCUCAGGUCAUUGAAACCUUGCCUGGAAGCUUGAGGAAAUUGUCCAUUGCCUGUAACAAUCUCUACGACUUCCCCUGGGACAAAAUGGAAAAGCUGAGCAGCUUGGAAUUCCUAGACUUGAGUUAUAAUGCACUGGAGACGCUGCUGGUCGUGGGCAGAGGCUCCUUUGGCAAGAACCUCACCACCCUCGACCUCAGCUACAACAAAAUCAAGUCUCUCCAGGAAGCGUUCUUUUCCCACGCCAGUUCCUUGCACUUUCUCAGUUUGAACCAUAACAAGAUCCAGAUGGUCGAUGAAAGCAGCUUUCCCAAAGCCCUUCUUCAGAGCUUGCAGCAGCUGGACGUGAGCAGCAAUCCCUUGCGGUGCACCUGUGCAGCCCACUGGUUCCUCACCUUCCUCAAAAGCACGUCCAUCACCAUAGACCAUUUCUCCACUAGCAUGCAAUGUGACCUGCCCGAAUCAAAGCGGGGGCAGCCUCUGCUCUCCAUGGACCCUCGGUCCUGCCAGGAUAUAUACGGUCACCUAAGCUUCCUGUGCUCUUCCCUCCUGGUGACCUUGGUGACUGUGCUUCCAGUCCUCCAUAAGUUGUAUGGCUGGGACCUCUGGUAUGUCAGUCACCUCUGCCUGGCCACACUCAGACAAGGCUAUGCCCAGGUGGCCACAGCCUCCCGGGAGGAAUACGAUGCAUUCGUAGCCUUUGACGCCCAACACAGCCUGGUGGCUGACUGGGUCUACAAUGAGAUGGUGCCCCAGCUGGAGGAGAAAGGAAGAAGGAGAUUCAAGCUGUGCCUGGAGGAAAGGGACUGGACAGUGGGCGGGUCCAGGAUUGAGAACCUCUGUGACUCCAUCUACAAGAGCAGGAAAACCAUCUUCAUCCUGGGGAGAGAAGGGUUUGGCAGCGGCUUCCUGCGGCACACCUUCCUCCUCAGCCAGCAGCGGCUGCUGGACGAGAAGGUAGAUGUGCUCCUGCUGGUGCUACUGGACCCCGCGAUGAAGAUGUCCAGGUUCCUGCUGGCCCGGAGAAGACUGUGUGGGAGGACAGUCCUGGACUGGCCCUGCAACCCCUUUGCCCAGCCCUACUUCUGGCACUGCGUGCGAGCCCGGCUGGCCUGCGAGGUUCAUCCCUUUGAUGCCUCACACCUGAGGAGAGGCGUCAGCAGUUCUGGGGCAGGGGAGCUCCUGCCAGCAGAGGACGCCAUGGCCAGGCCGGCUUUGCAAAGGCCCCGAGAAGCAGCCAGGGCUUGCGCAUGGCAAUGACGCCUCUCAUGGGGCUGGCUCCUUGUUUUGCUUUUUCCCCCUUUUCCCCAUUCGGAGGGUGCUCAGAUUCACACCCCUGCUUAGCGUGGCUGAGCAGAAGGGGCUAGGCUGCCUGAGGAAUGCCCUGGGGAUCCCCAGGGCUCAAGUGUGCUGCUUGAGCAGCCCUGCAUCUGGGAUUUGUCCCCCGGUUCCUGAGCUACUAGGAACAGAGGCCACAGGGCUGGAGGGACCUCCUGAGUCGCAGGCAGCCCUGCAGUAGCACACACGGAGCAGAGUGCAGGGACUCUGGGUGUUUGGCCCACCCCCCCAGGCCCUGGAGUUGCUCCUGGACCAAACCUCUCAGGGUCAGAAACUUGCUUCUAAUCUCCAGCCUGAAUUUACUCGUGGCCAGUUCCUCGGCAGGUGUUCUUGUGGCCACCCUGGCCUUUCUCUUCCUGAGCUCUCCCCUGCCAGGUGUACUUACAGGGAGCAGCCCGAGCCCCUCCGACCAGCCACCUCUUCCAGUCUCCUCUCUUCAGCUGGGCCCCUCCGCUCCCCUGGCCCCCUGGCAGCUCUUCCCUGCACUGCUUCCAGCUGAAACGCUCCUUUCUUGACCAUGGGAGACCAGCCUUGUGCACCAUACGCCAGCCCAGGCCUCACCACAGCGCCUUGCACCAGGGCGUUGUGACAGGACCCCCCAUGCUUUAUGAAAUGGACGUAUGGACAUGAAUAUGCAUAACUCAAAGGUGCUUUGAGCGAUUUUGGGGAACCCACCGAUCUUCAUGUCCCGAUGUGCCGGUUCUGUUUAUCUUACGUGGCUGUGUGUAUCAUUUGUGUGUGUCCGAUUAGACACACGGAGUGGGGAAUACUUUGUGGGUUUCAAACGUGUGAAUGAGAGACAUGGAGGGUGUUACCCUCAAAGUCUUGAUGAGCAAUUGUUAAACUAUCGAUUUUGUCCUUAAGUCCUAGCAUGGUUGGUAGGGAGGGGCCUCAAUUCCUUACCAAAAAGAAUAGGGAAGUAGAGGGCCUUGGUCUUUUAGCUGGGCGGCACCUGAAGGAAGGAGCCGGAGACCCAGGGUGGGGGAGAGAGCCCUGGUUUGGAGGGGCAGCUGGAAAAGAGGUUU